AUGCCUCCCAAACGAGGCGCCGACGCUCCAAUGAGCGCGUUUGAGAGGAGACGUUUGGAGAACAUUGAGGCAAACAAGAAGAUGCUUAACGACGUCGCUGUUAUCGCUAAGAAAGUCGCUCCGACGCCGCCAAAGCGCACUACUCCAUCACGACCAAAGACGCGAACGCCCGCCAAACGAGAAACAGUGAAACCUACACGACAAAGUUCCCGCCUUGCAGGCAUCGACGCCGACAACGAUACCCUCAAGAGAAAGCUUGAGGUGGAAGCCGAGGCUGUAGCACAAGAGGCCAAAGCCAAGAAGUUACGAGUUAACGGGGACCUGAGCUUGGACGACAUCGCUGUCGAAGGCAAGAAGUGGGUUGCGGGCAUGAACGGGAUUAAAGGUCUUGUUCGCGGCGCCCAGCCUGGAGUGCGAACAUUCACAGAGGAAGACGUGAAGGAAACCACCGAUAAGGGACUCAAGGAGCUCCGCGAGACCAUCGGUGAUCUCAAGCUAUACGAACACUGGGCACCAAAUGGCAAGUGGCAUUCUUUUGGUGUCUAUGCUCUCGGGUUUCAUCCUAUCGAGGAGAAGCCUCUAGUUUUUGCUGGCGACAAAGAGGGUAACAUGGGCAUUUUUGACGCUUCACAGACUGUCCCAGAAAUUGAUGAGGACGACGAAGAUGCGACCAUACCAGACCCUGUUAUUUCUGCGUUCAAAACCCAUACUCGCACUAUCUCCUCGUUCGUCUUUCCUAACGAAGAUGCGAACGCGGUUUACACUUCCAGCUAUGACUCCUCUAUCCGAAAACUGGACUUGAGCAAGGGUACUUCGGUACAAGUAUGGGCGCCAUCAGACCCGGAUGACGAACUUCCCCUUUCCGCACUCGAUAUGGCAGACUCGAAGCCAAAUAUGCUUUAUUUUUCGACGCUCGCUGGUGCCGUGGGCCAAUAUGAUAUCCGCACCAGAGACGCCGACAUUUGGAACUUGUCAGAACAGAAGAUCGGCGGAUUCUCCCUUCACCCCCUGCAGCCUCAUCUGCUUGCGACCGCGUCCCUGGAUCGCACUCUCAAAAUUUGGGACUUGCGAAAGAUCACGGGCAAGGGCGAUCUUCGCCACCCUGCUCUGCUCGGUGAGCACGAGUCCCGAUUAUCUGUGUCGCAUGCCUCAUGGAGUCCUGGCGGACAAAUCGCUACCAGCUCCUACGAUGAUACCAUCAAGAUCUACGAUCUCUCUGAGGCCUCGUCCUGGAAGACUGGUCAAGAUGUUACACUGGAACCUACUCACCAGGUUCGUCACAACAACCAGACUGGUCGAUGGGUCACUAUCCUCAAGCCUCAAUGGCAGAAGAGGCCUCACGACGGUAUUCAAAAGUUUGUUAUCGGCAACAUGAACCGCUUCGUCGAUGUAUUUGCUGCAGAUGGCAGUCAGCUUGGUCAGCUUGACGGUGAGGGUAUUACAGCAGUGCCAGCGGUGGCUCACUUCCACCCUUCGCACAACUGGGUUGCUGGAGCUACAUCCAGUGGUAAGCUCUGCUUUUGGCAGUAA